AUGUCCGAGGUAUUAGAAGACAAAUUAAAAAAACUUAUUGAGGAGUCGAGAGCUUCUAUUAAUUGGACUGAAGUAAAUAAGUGGAUUGCGGUGGGAGAACCAUACGAAGAACAUGAAGAAAUUUUAAUGUUUAUGAAUCAAAAUGGAGUUGCUGACUCAAGAUCAGAUGGAGAUGGACGAAAUGAUGCUAUCAGAGGAGGAGAAUAUCCUCAUGGAGAAACUUUUUACAGAGAUUCCAGGAAGGCUAAUCAAAAGGCCGGGACAAAGAGCCAUUCUAGAACUUCCACAACCACCAGAAGUAAGAAACAUCAACAUUGUAAUAAAGUUGCUGGAUCCAAGCAUGUUUCCGAUUCAAUCGAGAAACACGGAACAAAUGUUGAAUAA